AUGCGCGUCUGCCUCUCGGAAGUCCAUGCCAUCGUUGUCGUGAGAUUCUUCAGUAAGGCGAGGAGAACGCGAGCGGCCCGCGUCCAGAGCCGCCGGAGCAGAGGCGGCCAUCGGCUGCUCGUGCCCCGUCAAGACGCUGGAGGCGUCGCUGCUGCCGACUCGUUAGGCUUCACACUUGGCCUGAUAUUCUUUGCAAGCCAACCAGUUUCUAUUAUGACAUCAGCACCAAAAAUUGCGACAAAUAUUUUACUCCAACUUCUGUGCAUAGCGUUGACUUCUUCUUUGGGCGCAGAAGAGCUACUCGAGCGCAAGCCAUAUUUAUCAACCUAUCAAGAUGCCUGGAAGGCACUAAAAGCGCCAGGAAAGUAUUACCUCUACAUGAGAUCCUAUGCGGAAGAGCCAUUUUACGGAGAGGGAAGCAAGUGCGUUUUUACUGACCUAAUUUCUGUAAACGAGGAGGAAAAGUACACGACGAACUUAUUUGGAUACACCAUUCCAUGCGAUGGCUCAGUGAAAAACCAAACCGUGUACGCAUGGGCUCGUGCUUCGGAUGGCUAUGACACUCCAAACGUGAUUGAAUCAUCCCCGUCGAUCGAAAAAAAACAUUUCCUGGAUUAUGCACUGGCCUUUUCUGAGUACGAUAACUGCGACAUCCUGAGGCUACCACAUCGUCAGAACGCCUGCGAACUCUGGGCAAAAGAAGGCGGCGUCGACAAAAUCAAGUCACACUGCUUCUUCAUAUUUCACCUGCUCUGUGGGCCGGAAAAGCAUGUCGUGUAUGAGAAGGAUUUAUGCGAAAAUAAAUAACUAC